GACCAGUGUGUGUGGGGGAGAAGAGGGAGGAGAGAGUGCUUUCUUAAUAAAGACACUUGUCACAACCAUUGGACUUACCAUCCAUUUGCCUUUAGUUUGAACAACUGCAUGCUGCUAAUCCCAAUACUGAGCUGGACAUGGCAUUCAAUGGAAAAUGGAAAAUCCACAGUCAGGAGAACCAUGAAGAGUUUCUUAAAGCAAUGGCUGUCCCUGAGAUGUUGAUCAAAAUGAUCAAGGGUGUCAAGCCAAUGACAAUAAUUGAGCAGAAGGGUGACGACUUCACCAUCAGAGUUGAGACUCCCCUCCGUACUGUCACCAACUCAUUCACUAUAGGGAAGGAGGCAGAAAUCACUGCCAUGGAUGGGAGAAAGUUUAAGUGUACUGCCAGACUGGAGGAUGGGAAGCUCAUCUGCGAUACAGAGAAGUUCUCCCACAUCAGAGAAAUCCAAGGGGAGAACAUGGUUGAGACUAUCACUGCGGCCUCAACAACCCUCACCAGGAUAAGCAAGAGAGUCUGAUCUCUAAAGCCACAGAGACAAGGAUUACAUGUUCAAUUAAUUAAUUUAAAUGACCUUUUAUUUCAGGUACUAUAAUAGCUAUAAAAUAUUACAUUAAAAUGACAAAUGACUCGA